CUUGUGACCCGGAAGCAGUAGCUUUCGGAAUCUGCGCACAGUGAGCAGCUUCGGUCCAGCUGGCGGCCUGGAGCCCGGGGAGCGAGUCCGGACUGUGAGCGGAGCCUCCCCGGUCCCCCAUGGAGAGCCGUUAGAAAGCUGCUUAAGAACUGAUACGGCAUGCUGUCAUGGUACGAGACUGACGCCCUAAUGCUGCAGCAGAGGCUAGGGAGAUUAAUGGCCAGGUCUAUUGAUCCCAUGGUCUUCUAAAGAAGCAAUGGGUAGCUGCUGUAGCUGUCCAGAUAAAGAAACUUUCCCAGAUAACCACCAGAACAGGUUUAAGGUUAUUAAUGUGGAUGAUGAUGGUAAUGAGCUGGGCACUGGAGUAAUGGAGCUAACGGAAAAUGAGCUCAUCUUGUAUACACGCAAGCGGGACUCUGUUAAAUGGCCUUACCUUUGCCUGCGCCGUUAUGGAUACGAUUCAAAUCUUUUCUCUUUUGAAAGUGGGCGACGCUGUCAGACUGGACAAGGAAUAUUUGCUUUUAAAUGUGCCCGUGCCGAAGAGCUGUUCAAUAUGUUGCAAGAAAUCAUGCAGAAUAAUAGUAUAAGUGUUGUUGAAGAACCAGUGGUGGAAAGAAAUCCUCAAACCGAGCUUGAUGUGCCAAGGACCCCACGCACUCCAACAACUCCUGGCUUUAGUGGUUCAAAUUUACCCAAUGGAUAUCCACGUUACCCAUCCUUUGGUGAUGCAUCUUCUCACCCGUCUAGUAGACAUCCAUCAGUGGGUAGCACACGCCUUCCUUCUGUAGGAGAGGAGUCUACCCACCCUCUACUUGUUCCUGAAGACCAUGUGCACACGUAUGUAAACACAACUGGUGUACAAGAAGACCCAAGGCCCAACGCACCAGUGCCACUUGAGCAACGCCUUUCCAAUGCAGAGGGAAGCGCAGUCCAUGCAGAUUCCAUUUCCAUUCCUGAUCAUGACUCCCAUGUCAUCCUAGAGCCCGAAGGUGUGAAGUUUGUUUUAGGACCAACCCCUGUUCAGAGACAAUUAAUGGAAAAAAAGCAACUGGAGAAACUUGAGGAGCAACAAAGCAGUGGAAAAGGUGGCUGCAGUAGCUGUCCUAAUAGCACAGAGUGGGACACUGGUUAUGACAGUGACGAACGCCGAGAUACGCCUUCUGGCAAUAAAAUGGUAUAUGAAAACGUUAAUGGUUUGUCAAUUCCUCCAUCUGGGGCAAGAAGAGGACGUGUUCCACCACCUACACCUAUCUCGACAGAGGUGCAAAACAUCAACAACUCUGCCCAGAGGAGGACUGCAUUAAUAAACUAUGAAAACUUACCAUCUCUCCCUCCUGUUUGGGAAGCCCGAAAGCCCAGUAAGGAGGAUGAUGACCCUUUAGGACCAAAGACACCAGCUCUUAAUGGUUUUCACAAUAACCUAGACCCAAUGCAUAACUAUGUGAACACAGAGAAUGUGACUGUUCCAUUAAGUGCUCACAAAGUUGAGUUUUCUAGGCGUCGGGACUGUACACCAACAGUUUUUAAUUUUGAUAUAAGACGCCCGAGUUUAGAACACAGGCAGCUUAAUUAUAUACAGGUUGAUUUAGAAGGUGGUAGUGACUCUGACAACCCUCAGACACCUAAGACCCCAACCACUCCACUCCCUCAAACUCCUACUAGACGCACGGAGCUGUAUGCUGUAAUAGACAUUGAAAGAACUGCUGCUAUGUCCAACCUGCAGAAAGCACUGCCACGCGAUGACGGUACUUCUAGAAAGACUAGGCACAACAGUACUGAUCUACCCAUGUGAGCCUCAAUUCAUUUGCACCUUUUGCAUAUUUCUCUAAAACCGACAAAAGAAAAAUGCAGAAAAAAGUAUCACAUCUUAAACACUAACACGUUUUUCAUAGAUUUUUUUUUUUCAUGUGCUUUUCUAAAGGGAAUUUAUGUAGAGCAGGUACUCCUAAAAUAACCUUCACUCUACAGUAGUAAUAGGUACUGUAUAGUUGUGGAGCUGUAUUACCUCUUUAUACCUAUUUAAUUGGUUUGCAGUGACAUGCCAGUUUUACUUUUACCAACAUACUAAACUUUCGCUGAUGUUUUGCAUCUUGACUGUUGCCAUUUGAAGCUACAGAGAUUUUUAUUUUUGGGAUGUAUUUUACAGUACGAAUGUGUGAUGUUAUAUACGAGUAUGUAUUUUUAUACUAACUUUUUAUGAUUCCUGAAAUUUGCCAAAUUUUUUGUCGCACCAGCAUUUUGAAUUGGGGGACAUUGGUACGACUGUUUUGACUGUGUUAAAGUGUGCUGGAUUACAGCCUUACAACGUGCUACACCCACAUUGGCAUGUUGCAUUUUGCACAUUAAGCACUAUUCAGGCUAUUUUUCCCAAAAUGGCUGCCUGCAUUUUACUUUCCACUGCAGGCGAUUGGUUAUAAAUAGUCCUGUGCGUGGGGUUUUGGUGUUUUAAGUUACAAUAUGUCAGGGUUGCAUUUAUUGAAUGCAGACAUAAGCGGUAUAUAUAUACACAUUUGUAUAAAGGCCAAAAACAAUUUUCCCUUUUUAUCACCUUGUAUUAUAUUGUAAGAUUAUUGUACGUUCCUAAUUUGCAUUAUAAAUUUAAAUUUUCAUACUUAAAAGUAUAUAAAUAGUAACUUUGUAUAAAGGUAGUGUAGACAAUUUGGAAUUAUUUCCUUUUUUAUUUUUAAAGAAGUUAUGUAGAUGUUCAUUGCCAAACUUUUCAUGACUUUUUAUUUUUUUUUAUUUUUUAUGAUACCUUAGAUUUAUAUGUGCACUAAACAUUCCAUGAUACUGUCUUGAACUGUGACCCUUCUAAUGCUCGAAAGUGUGUAGCAUGGUACCGGCCAGCCUGUGUUGUAUCGCCUCUUACUGACGUUCCAUGACACUAAAGCUACUUUCACACUCACGUUUUGGCUUUCCGUUUCUGAGAUCCGUUCAGGGCUCUCACAAGCGGUCCAAAACGGAUCAGUUUUGCCCUAAUGCAUUCUGAAUUGAAAAGGAUCCAUUCA